CACGGCUCGGCGCCAGGUCCGCCAUGGCAUACUACCCAAAUCCGACACCAUCACCAACCCACCAUCAUCAGUCCGUCACCGUCCGUGCGACCUCCGGCUCCUCGAAUCCGUCCCGCCUACCCCCUCCGGUUCUUUUCUUACCGCGCCCCGGCUCCGCUCACCCACCUGCCACCUCCCGCUCCGCCGUGACGCGGCGGAUCCCAGAAAAGAAAAGAAAUUCUCCGAUCCCCCACCACCUCGCUUUCGACGCGAGGAACGCCCGACCGGCGAGCGAAACCGCGCCACCAACCGCCGGCCGCUCGGGCAGGCAAGCCGCGGCCCGCCUCGGUCUCUCCGGCCGACACCCCGCGUCACCCCCGUCGCAAUUCGGCGACAGGUUAUGUAGUGGUGGCUUGCGCGGCUGGCCUUGGUUUUGCUUGCGGCGAGAAGCAAUGGGCGGAGCGGAGGACGGGGCGCACGCGGCGGGGGGCCCCGCGUCGAACGGGCACGCCAAUGGGGCCGUGGAGGAGAAGGUGGACGAGCUGCGGCGGGUGAUGGGAAAGGCCGACGGGGACCCGCUCCGGAUCGUCGGCGUCGGGGCCGGGGCCUGGGGCAGCGUCUUCUGCGCGCUCCUGCAGGACGCCUACGGCCACCUCCGCGACAAGGUGCAGCUCCGCAUCUGGCGCCGCCCCGGCCGCGCCGUCGACCGCGCCACGGCCGAGCACCUCUUCAACGUCAUCAACGCGCGCGAGGACGUCCUGCGCCGCCUGAUCCGCCGAUGCGCCUACCUCAAGUACGUCGAGGGCCGCCUCGGGGACCGCACGCUCUACGCCGACGAGAUACUCAGGGACGGCUUCUGCCUCAACAUGAUCGACACCCCGCUCUGCCCGCUCAAGGUCGUCACCAACCUGCAGGAGGCCGUCUGGGACGCAGACAUUGUCAUCAACGGCCUGCCGUCCACGGAGACGAGGGUUGUGUUUGGGGAGAUUGGGAGGUACUGGAAGGAGAGGGUUAAUGCCCCAGUCAUCAUCUCGCUCACCAAAGGGAUAGAAGCAUCCCUGGAUCCGGUGCCGCGGAUCAUAACUCCGACACAGAUGAUUAGCAAAGCAACUAAGGUUCCAUUGGAUAAUAUUCUAUAUCUUGGUGGCCCUAACAUCGCGUCUGAAAUAUAUAAUAAAGAAUAUGCGAAUGCUCGUAUUUGUGGAACUGACAAAUGGAGGAAACCUCUUGCUAAAUUUUUGAGGCAGCCUCAUUUUAUUGUCUGGGAUAAUAGUGAUCUCAUCACUCAUGAAGUCAUGGGAGGUUUGAAAAAUGUGUACGCUAUUGGUGCUGGUAUGGUGGCAGCACUAACCAAUGAGAGUGCUACCAGCAAGUCUGUUUACUUUGCACUUUGCACAUCUGAAAUGAUCUACAUCACCCACCUUCUGGAAGAAGAACCCGAAAAACUUGCUGGACCGUUAUUAGCUGACACUUAUGUCACGUUGUUGAAAGGUCGUAAUGCAUGGUAUGGGCAUAAGUUAGCUAAAGGGGAACUGACUCUGGAAAUGGGUGAUAGCAUAAAAGGCAAAGGGACAAUCCAGGGUGUCUCUGCGGUCGAUGCAUUUUAUAAACUUCUCAGUCAGGAUAGUUUGAGUGUAAUGCAUCCAGAAGCCAACAAAUCUGUUGCGCCAGUUGAGAUGUGCCCCAUCUUGAAAACACUUCAUAAAAUUUUGAUCAAGAGGGAACUUCCUACUGAGUCGAUUCUUCAGGCUAUAAGAGAUGAGUCGAUGUGUGACCCGCGUGAAAGAAUUGAGAUGGCACGGGGGCAGUCACUUUACCGACCAUCUAUUCUUGGUCAACCAAAUGGAGAUGUGAAAGCUUAGACAGAUUCUCCUAUCGGUUUCCUUCUUUCUAUUAGUCGCUAGACGUUUUCGAAGCCCUAUGUGCUCUUGUCCAUUCGGCGGCUGCUGCUUCUGCUGCUGUUGUUGUAACACUAGUAAGUUCAGUUAAAAACUUUAGUUGACUAUUUUGAGGAAGAUGUGUUGAGUGUGUUAGUAGCUUGAUGUGGUUCACACCAUCUUGUGUAUAUAGAACAAUUUAAUAAUGCUAUUAUUCUGUAUCCUAUUUGAAAUGGAAAAACAAUACAAUCACAUAUCAUGCUUCGAAUGAUA